UUGGAAACUGACAAUUAAAUAUUGACUCAACAAAUUGCUUUCAAAUAAUUAUCCCCAAACAAAAAGAUGCGUUGGGGUAAUGGUAGCUUAUGGUCUAAAGGUAAAAUAAAAAAAAAUAGAUUCACUGAACAUAUUAAAUUGUGUUCAGCCAAUUCAUCAAGUAAAAGUGAAAUAUCUGUGUUUGCCGAACAAGCCUUGCGGAGGAAAAAACGCAUGCGCAUGCCAGACAGGCGCAUGCACCUGAGAGAAACCGUUGGUAUAGUGGAUUCAAAUGUAUCUGCGCGGGAGAGUGAGGAGACUGAGGAGACUGAGGAGUCGAUGCUGAAGUACGACGACAGAAGUUCAGACAUCAUUUGCAAAAAGAUUUUUCUUCAUUUAAGUUAUGCCAAACAUCGUAGGUCUGACUCAACGGAACGACUAACGUUACGACUUUCACAGUUUAGAAAAAGUCCAUGCAGUGCCGCUUCUGCAAGUUUUCAUCACCUCACCAAGACCUAAUUUUCAAGCACUACAGAACUUGCCAUUGGUCAGUUAAUGCAACUUCCUUUCCAUGUUUACACCUAGAAUGUGUUUGCAUUUUCAAGACAAUUGGAGCUUUAAAAACACAUUUGUGGAGGGUACAUCCAAAGACUGGCAACAAGGGGAAUACCACAUUUUCUUGUGACAACUGCGAUUUUAGGGACAUCUGCUCUCAAUCAACAUUUCUUCACCAUUUAAGAGGACAUCUUAAAAACCACGAGAGGGUUCAUUGUCCAUUUUUAAAUUGUAAUUUUAUUAGCAACAGUUACCGUACAUUCACAUCUCAUAAGAACAGGAAGCACAAAUCCCAUGGAUUAAAUGACUUCCGGACAUCAGUUUGUCCUGAGAACAGGUGCAAUGAUGCGAGUCCAUCUUCUUCCUUAGGAUGUGCACCAAAUUUAGACGAAGAAGUACAAGUGCAUUUAGACGAAGAAGUACAAGUGCAUACUACUGAUACUCCUGAUGAUAACCCUGCAGAAACUAAGCAAGCACUUGAACAUAAACUUGCAGCCUUGUUUUUGUGUAUGCAAACACAACUACAUGUGUCCAAAAGGGCCUCUCAGCAUAUCAGCAGUGCUGUAACUGAUAUUCUAACUAUCUCCAAAUCAAAUACUUUGGCUGCAAUCAAAGACAUUCUGCAGUCACAUAAUUGUGAUGUUGAUCAGUCAGUUUUUACUGAUAUUGCACAUGUUUUACAUGAAACUGACCCAUUUUUGACUGCUUGCUCUCACAACGGUAUUCUUUCAACUGAAUAUAAACGAACCAACUACUUUAAACAAAAAUUCCAAGUAACUGAACCAAUUGAAUAUGUGUUCAGCAGGGCAGACAAACAAACAUUUUUUUAUGUUCCCCUUCUGAAAGUCCUGCAGACAUUGCUUGAUCAACCGGAGGUAUUUGAGAAGACAUUUACCACCAAUGAAAGUGCCCACGGUGUUUAUCAGUCUUGUUUUGAUGGAAAAUAUUUCAAAGAAAAUCGCCUUUUCAGUAGUCAGGAUUUUUCACUUGUACUUGGGUUGUACGUUGACGACUUUGAAGUUGUCAACCCCUUGGGCACAUCCCGCAAAAAAUAUAAACUAACUGCAGUUUAUUGGGUCAUCUUGAACUGGCCAUCCCAUAAUCAAUCAAGUCUCAAUUCAAUUCAGUUGGCACUGCUUGGGAAAAGUUCAGAAGUGAAUGCAAAUGGAUAUGAAGCCUUUUUUGACCCUUUGAUAAAAGAUUUAAAGUGUCUUGAGCAGGAUGGCAUCUUUGUUCAAAGGCUUGGAAAGAACGUUAGGGGAACAGUGUUCACUGUUUCUGCGGAUAAUCUUGGAGCACAUGGACUUGCAGGGUUUCAAGAGAGUUUCAGGGUGGAGAAGUUCUGUCGCUUUUGUUUGGCAUCUUUAAACGACAUUCAAAACACAGAGGUGAAAGAAGGUAUUUUUCAGCUAAGAAGUCCAGGACAACAUGAUUGCUGCAUAACAGAGUUGAACAGCAGUGAGACUUUAUCAUCUGUGGAUGGUGUGAAAUCUGAAUGUGUUCUCCAGAAACAUCUUAAAUUCUUCCACACCAUUACUGGCUUCCCUCCAGAUCUAAUGCACGACCUUUUUGAGGGAAUAGUGCCUUUUGAGAUAAGUUUAUGUCUGAAGAAAUGGAUUGAGUCUAAAUAUUUUACUCUUGAAGAGCUAAACAACAAAAUCCACUCAUUUCAAUACUGCUUUUCUGACCAGGUCAACAGACCUCAAAAAAUUCCAAAGACUUUUUCUUCAAAGAAAACAAUUGGAGGAAACGCUCACGAAAACUGGACCUUACUAAGACUGAUAUCUCUGAUGAUUGGUGGUUUGGUGCCUGAGAGUGACAAGACAUGGGAUCUCAUCAUGGAUUUGAAAGAUAUUGUCGAGCUUGUGGUAAGCCAAAAACUAACAGUGGAGGCUGUCUGGUAUCUGGAAAGCAAGAUUUCCUGCCAUCGUGAGUUGUUUAAAGAGGUCUUUCCUGAUGCAUACUUGCGUCCAAAACAUCACUUUCUUGAACACUAUCCUCACCUGAUCUGUUGCUUUGGUCCUCUAGUGGAUCUGUGGACAAUGCGCUUUGAGGCAAAGCACAGUUUUUUCAAGAAGGUUGUUCAUGAAACACAGAAUUUCAGAAACCUUCUCAAGACGUUAUCCAACAAGCAUCAACUCAUGAUGGCAUGCACAAUUGACUCGCAUAGCUUUUUUAAAGCACCUCUACAUGUCGAAAAUGUUAAGGUACUUAAAAUAUCCUCUCUUGAUGCAAGGCUGAGAUUGGCAGUUGAGAACAAGUAUGCAAACCAAACUUCCUUUUCUUUAACCACAAAGGCAACUGUACAUGGAACCCAGUACAGUCGAGGAAUGAUUCUGUGUAUUGGAAAUGGAAAUGGAUUUCCAGAGUUUGGUCAGAUUGAUCAUAUCCUAAUUUGUGGCACAGAGGUUGCAUUCAUUGUGCACAGACUUACCUCAUGGUACAUUGAACAUUUCCGGGCAUAUGAGAUAAAUCAAAGUACGCACUGUGAUGUUGCAAUUGUGACUCCACAAGAGCUUGUUGAUUUUUAUCCUCUGGCUGCUUACAAUGUUGGCGGAAGACGCAUGGUUGUACCAAAGAGAUUUUUACUUGGUUGAUUACUUGGUUGUUCUAAACUUACCAAUUCUGCUUAUACUGUCCCCUGUCCUCCAGGUUGCAAUGUUGCUGCGAGUCAUUCUUUCACCUGACAACGUUAGAAAAAUAUCUGUGCCUACCCCAUCCUCAGUAGAAGAACUUUGCACGUGUCUGUGUGAAAAAUUGCAAAUAGAGAAAGGCUUUACCAUUCAGUAUGAAGAUCCAGAUUUCAAUAAUCAACUUUGUAAUCUGCAUGACAUCUCCGAGCUUCCACCAGAAAAAGCUACUUUGAGACUUCAUUGGGAAUUAUUUUUAACCCCAAUUUCAGUGCAUUCUGAAUUGACAGAUCCCCUUGCAGAUGCAGAAAGCACAUUAUCCGUCCAACCAUCUACAUCAGCAACUUCCUCAGAUUCAACACAGGUCGCUUCUCUAUUAAGGUCAGAACAUUGGCCAAGCAAGUUUCCAAUACCCUGCUUCUCCUAUGAUGUGGAACUAAAGCUUCAGAAAGCCAAUGAGGAAUACGAGAAAAAUGGAAAGUCCUUAACUGUCUCAAGAGACAUCUUGAUGGAAGUGUUGGGCAAGUUGGCAGAAGCCAUAUACAUAUUUAAGGCAUACCCAAAGGACACUGAUUUGAAGAAGGUUGUAUCUGCAUUGAUAGAGAAGCAUCCCUGCCUUAAACGUCCUGGAUCUGAAACUGGAUGUGAAGGAUGGACAUUAAGUUUGAAGAACAAAAUGCAGAAUUACCGUCAAAAACUUCGUGAGCUUGGUUGUGCAGAAUUGAUACUGAAUAGACGAGAUGCAUCCAAACAAACACUGAAAAGACCACGAAGAUCUGAACUGAACUUUCUUCCUGACAUUCCAACUGGUUCUGAUGAAGAAGCUUUGGAGAAUGAACGCAAAUGGAUGGAAGAAGAGGUGAAGAAGAAAGAUGUGAACAUGCGUGCUUUGAACACAAAGAUGGAUUUCACCUUCUCUCUUAGAAGACGUGAGGUUGUUGAAGAUCAGCCUCUUGUAUCAACACUCAAACAACGAUGGCCAGCACUCUUUAAUGAGGAACAGGUUUAUGCAGAAUUUAGAAGGAUCAACCAUUUAGACCUUAAAUCCACAUUCCUUACAUCAUUGGAUAACAACUCCAGAGGCUUGCUGAAACUCUUCAGGGCAAAAGUAAUACAGAGAGGCGAUUGUGACUUGGAGACUUUGCUGGACAAUCUAGAUGAACAGAUGGCAGACUUAACUGUGCAGAGAAGGGCUACUGCUCUUCGGGGUCUUCCUUUUUAUUUCAAGGAACAUGGAACCAUAUGCAAGACUAUUCUGAGUUCAGAGGCAUUGGAGCAUCACAAAGUUGGAAUGAAAAUGGGAAUUCUUGAAGUGGUGAGCAGCAACAGUUCCACUUCAAGAUCCCUCUCCGAUGUGGUAAAUGUUGCAAUUGUCCUUGAAGAGGAAGUUGUCCUGGAAAACAUGGGAGACUUUGUGAGUGCGUUCAUUGUCCUCUUUGGCAUGCUCUACGCACUUAACAUGGAGUACAACAAGGACUUAAGAUAUACUUUUGAAUUCAUUCAGAAGGUCUUUUUGAACAUGGGAACUGAGUGCAGCAAAAAAGUGCAAACUCUGAUGAGCAAAUUAUUGGAAAACUAAGUGAAAUUUCACUUAACCCUCACGGGAGAAGUACCCUUAAGCUCAAAGUACCUUUUGUGAGAAUGUUUUUUGCUGCUUUCUAUAUAUCUGUAAAUGUGUUUACAUGCUUAAUAUUUGAUGAGUAAGAUGCAGUUUCAUGAGCUCAUAUUAAGAUGAAAUUAACUAUAAUAAACUAAACACAACCCUGAAGUAAUUUUUUACUUCAGACUUUUGCAGCGUUUCAAAUAUUUGUAAAUGUUUUACAAAAAUUCAAGUAAAUUUACACUGAAUAUUUAAAGUAACCCUCUCCUGUUACUUGCAUUUUAUGUUGUGUUGACGUUUUUGCACUUUAGCAAAUAUUAACAUAAUAUUUUAAAUUAUUUAAAUGUUUAAUAUUGUUAGUGCAGUUUCAUAAAUGUAGUACCUAAAUACCAAAAUGUCAGUGAAAUUUCUCUAAACACUGAUAAUACAUGUUUUUUAAAUAAUUGUUUUGUUAAUGUAAGAUCUAAGGUCUAAUGAGUUUUGUGUAUCUUGGAAUCCUGAAUUGAAAUGCAUGAUUUUUAUCUACUAAGGUCUACUGUGCAGAAAUGUUCAAUGUAUUUACCAUUUAAGGUAUUUUCACAAUACUGUUGUAGAUUUAAUAAAAUGUAUUAAAUAAAA